GAUGACCGGACACUUGAUCUUCGGUGUCCAGCGGCAGUUCUACUCCACUCCCGUUACUGAGUAUUCUGAAACGGGUAUCCCGCUAUUUUCCUCUACGUACUCCUGUCCUGGUUUUCUGUUGCUCAUAAGUCGGAGUAGCGGCUUCAGUCAUGGCGCCGUUGUCGAGAGGAAUUAUAAUUGUUUUGCUCGCGGUUUCAGCGGCGCAAAUCGUAAAGAAGACCGGAAAAUCAUUACUAGAUCAGUACCGUUAUUGCUCCAGGCCAUGUGUUCCUGCUUCAGAGACCAAGAAGUGCCGCUAUCAAUUUUCUGUCAGUGAAUUGCCGAAUUUGAACAGCGUCUGUUAUGCAUCCCACGGGAAUAACACCAUCCUACCUGACUGCCCGGAAGGUUAUUUCGAUAACGGAGUUCUGGGUAUCAACGGGAUGUCUCCAGGUCCACAAAUCGAGAUUUGCCUGGGAGACACAUUGGAGGUGAUCCUGAAGAACGAUUUGGGCACUACGGAAAUGUCUUUGCAUUGGCAUGGACUUUCCCAGAAGGGUUCAGCUCACAUGGACGGUGUUCCGAUGGUGACGCAGUGUCCAGUAUUGCCUUUUUCGAGUUUCCGAUACGAGAUGAAGCCGGAUAUAGCAGGGAGUUACCUUUACUAUGCUCAAUCAGCACCGCAGCAGGGUGAUGGAAUUUACGGGGCGCUUAUAGUUCGUGAACCAGGGAGUGACCCAAACGCCGAAAAGACAUUGUUAAUAUCGACGAGGCUAGAAGCACCUUUGACCCAGCUCUGGCCUGAAGUUUCAGCGCCGACGGAUCUUAUGGUGAACGGUCAGAGCGAUGGCUACCGGAUAUCUGUUGAUCGGAAUCGGCGCUAUCUUAUGCGUUUGAUCAAUGCAAAUGCUAUCGCGUGUCCGGUCGUAUUGUCAAUUGCGGAUCAUAAACUUCUAGCCGUUGCAGUCGACGGUGGAAAAGUUGAUAGCCGGACCCCUGCUUCUCACGUCGUGCUCUUCCCGGGUGAAAGAUUCGAUUUGACAUUGGAAACAAAUCAGGCACCUGGCAGAUAUUUGGUCAAAGUUCAGGGCAUGGGAGAGUGCAAGGAUCUGUUCCACGCGGCAUCUUUAGACUACGAAGGGUCUUCGAAAUCUUCGACCAUUACCGGAUCUGCGAUUCGUUUGUCCGAGGAUGACAUCGUGUCGCUGGAAAAAGGCCACAAGUGUUACCGAGUGUCUAGAGGCAUACUGUGUUCCCUGGAUACGAGAGGAUUCGCUGACAAGUCGAUCCAGAAUCACCCCGGCGAAACAGUUUAUGUUUCCUUCGACGUCAACACCCUGGGCGACAUCACCGACGAAAUGACUGACUUCAAAUACAACAUUUAUCGCUUUAGCCACUAUCCCACGUACCUGAGUCUGUCGACGACUGAGGCAAGAAUUCCUCAAAUCAAUGGGAUGACAUUCAGAUAUCCUCCAUCCCCGAUACUCAGUCAGCCGGAAAACACGCCGGAUGAUAUUCUCUGCUCACUCGAGGCGAAGUCUGAGUUUUGCGAAAACACACCCCGGUUCUGCGAGUGUCUACAAAUCUUCGAAGUGCCUGUUAACGAGACAGUCGAAUUAGUCAUCAUAGACGAAGGAUUUGGUGGAAAUGCUUCCCAGACCUUCCACGUCCACGGUUACCAGCUGAGUGUCGUUGGCGCUGAUAGCUUCGAAAAGCCCGUGACGAAGGCAGAGGUCAAAGCUCUUGAUCUCAGUCAAGGAUUGCCCCGCAACUUGUCGAAUCCUCCGAAAAAAGAUACUUUUACAGUUCCUAACAAGGGCUACGCCAUUGUUCGUUUCCGUACUGAUAAUAUUGGAUACUGGCUCUGGGAGGCAAGAAGCACUGGAAUAUCACCUACGACGUCCAGUCCUGGUAUGCAAUUUUUGAUGCAGGUCGGUUCCCGCGAAAACAUGCCGACAGUACCAAUAGAUUUUCCGUCAUGUGGGAAUAAUAAAAAACCGGAUAUGAUAUUUGAGAUUAAUUAAAUAAAAUUAUGCAUAAUUAUUAUUUAGAUUCUUAAAUUGUACAUUUAUAUACAUUCUAUUUAUUCAUUGUUCUGUAAUUUAUACAUGUUCCAUGUAACAGUUAGUAAACAAUGCAGGCAUUUAAUUUUGCAGUGUAGUUAAAAAAAAGUGUUUUACUCACUUUAGUCUCUCAGUUUAAAGUAUCUCGAAACUUGGAAGUAAGAAGUCAAAGCGUUUCUUCAGUCAACGCUGAAAGAGUCAAGUUUUUGUAAAAGGAAUUAAAAAAAUUCUACCUAUUUAUAUGCGGCUGAUGCACACCGGGGCGUUAUAUUUUUGACUAGCCGGUGACGCUGUCUUGCAUAAAAUUUAUAAAUCAUAAAAUACAAUGGAAUACUUUCCAAGUGAUUUGUGACUGUGCGUAGGCAACCAUCAAUUCAUAAGCGUUAAGGAGUACAGAAAUUGCCUACAUACAGGCGUACAUCGAAAUAUAAGCAUUGUUAUGCUUAAGGUAAACAUUUUUUAAGUUUUUUCAUUACUACUUAUGUAAGGUUUGAUACUCGAAAACAAUAGUACUAAAGCUCAAAUUUGAAUUCACAAAUUAUCCUUCUACCAAUAAGUAACACAAUCGAGCUUGGACACGGAAUAAAAUAGAAAUGAUCUUAAACGCCACUCAAGAUUAUUAGACAUAUGCGGACACACCUCGUUUGGACAAAAGGGACCAGGCAUUGAAAAAUUUCGAAUUUUUUCAUCUUUUUUUCAUAUCCUGUUACUAUAAUCUCU